CUACGUCGCGGCCAUAUUGAAUACGUCACUAGUUUACUUCUACUUAUUCCCCUUGAAUCAACAUGGCAGAAACUGCACGUGCAUUAGAUCGAAAUGGCAAUCGUGGGUAUUUUGAGGGCAAUGAUUGUAUCAAGGAGGCAGAAGAAACAAUCCGUCAGUUAGAAAUGAGAACGCACUAUAAAUAUUCAAUUGUAAAAUCUGACAACUUCAAAUUAUUAGAUGGACCAUUUGCACACUACAAGAUAUUUUGGGAGGAAAAUUCAUGUGAUGCUAGUCCCAUUAUAUUCGAUGGAGUUCCAUUUGUAAUUGUUGGAAAGCAGCGACGGGAAUGUUUCCAUGGCCCAGAUAGAAAUCUCAGUAAAAAGAUAAAAAGGAGAAACAGAAAAAAGGCUGAUCAUCCAUAUGGAGAAAAGGGGAGGAAACUUGUGCAGCCAACACAUAAGCGGAAUUGUCCAGCUUUCAUCAUGCUGAGAUACAUCAUUAAGUUUCCAGAAUAUAGGAUCCACUCCAAUUCAUCAUAUCAAAGGAAACGACAAGGCCAGCAACUUAAAACUGACCUACAGAACAGUGCAUCUGUAGAGCAUCAACAUAGAGUGUACUUUUCUUUACCAGAAGAUUCUGAACACAAGAACCAUGUAAAAGGAGAGUUUGGGUCCGUAUUUCAGCCAGUGGACAAAGCCAUCAUUGCUAAAAUUAAAUCUCUUGUAAUAGAAGGUGUAAGAAGUGUGUCGGAGAUGAAGAGACACUUGAAAACGUUUACAAAGGAAAAUUUUCCUGGGGUUCCAGAGCUUAGCAACAGGUUUUAUCCAUCAAAUAAGGACAUCAGAAAUCAUAUGACUACAGCUUUAAAACUUGAGCAGUACUCUGAUGAAGACCAAGAGAACCUGAGGAUUUUGCUAAAUCAGUGGAGAAUAGAAGAAAAUCCCAAGGACAGUUUUUGUUACAUUCCAAGUGCACAUGCUGAAUCAGAUGAUGAUAUUCAAGACUUCAUCUUUGUGCACCAAAACAGUGACCAAAAACGCUUGAUGGCCAGAUAUGGAAACGAAAUAUGUUUGUUAGAUUCGACACACAAUACAACAAAAUAUGACCUCCCACUGUUUUUUGUUUGUGUCAGCACAAACAUUGGGUACAUGGUAGUUGGGUCUUUCAUAGUGCCAACAGAGUCAGCAUACAAUAUCGUGCGUGGGCUUCAAGUUUUAAAAGAAUGGAAUCCUACUUGGAUGCCCAAAUAUUUCAUGACUGAUUACCACAGAGGUGAAAUGAAUGCUAUCGAAAAAACCUUUCCAGGCUGUUUUACAUAUUUAUGCGACUUUCACCGUGAGCAGGCAUGGCAGCGUUGGGUUGGGCCAUCCCAUGGUGUAAAGGAACCAGAUGAGCUACUAAAGCUAAUGAGGAGUAUCGCUAAUGCUGAGUCAGAGGAAGAGUUUAAAGCAGCUGUGGACAGCUUGAAGGUAUCUGAUCAUUGGAAAUUGAACUGCAUGUUUCGUAAAUGGUUCCAGACACACUGGCUGUCAGUUUCAGAGAGAUGGGUGCAGUACCACCGUCAAACAUUGCUCAAUGUAAGAGUGAACACCACCAAUGGCCUAGAAACUCAGCAUAAGGAGUUCAAGCAGAACUACUUGAGCUCCUAUACAGAGGGCUCCUUGAGUAGUAUGGUUACUACGUUGAUAAAAAAGUUUCUACCUGAACGCUACAAAAGGUAUGUACAGUAUAAUGUGAAAAGUGUCUACAAGAAAUAUGCCAGUGAGGUUCCAAGGUUUCUUCACUGUAAACCCAAAUUAUUGGUAGACCACUGUCUUGAUAGACUCCCUACAUCUGACCAUCCAGCUGUGAGUAGUGCAGAAGAAGUAGGCCAAAAAAGGUUCAAGGUCACAAGCUACGAUUCUGGUAGAGUGUAUGAAGUUGACCUUUCUCAAGCACUUCCUCGCUGCAGCUGCAAGGACUGGUUUAAUACACACUGGCCUUGUAAGCACAUGCUUCAUGUGAUGAUGAACAUUCCAGGGCAUGAUUGGCACACACUUUCCAAUGAAUUUGUAAAUGCACCACACAUGUGUUGUGACAUUGAUAUAUUUGAAAAUAAUGAAGUUGCUGACCAUGUUUCUGUCUUAGAUGACACACCUGUGAAUGCUUCUUCAAAGAAAAAGGGAGGACCGGAUCGUCACUUGAACAGCAAAAGGCCUGUGGCUGUAGCUACAAGAUGUAAAACAUUAGCCUCCUCUAUUGGGAAUAUGUUGUUUCUGUUGAGGGACCCAGCUGACUAUGAAGAUGUUUAUGUUGACCUGCUGUCAAUUCAUAAGAAACUUGUGUCCAGAAUACCAUCUCAGUCUGGUUUACUGCUCAGGCCCAUCAGAAGAGGCAGGAAGCCGUCAGUUUUACAACACAGGCCCCUUAAACUGCGUAAAAAACGCAAGGGGACGAGAAAGCCAGUUUCCAAGAUGACUGUGAAGCCUAAGGACCAUGUCUUUGUGUCCUGUGGUGCCAGAAUUAUCCCGCAAGACAGUUUGUUGACAGAAAAUGUGUCACUGAACAAAAAAGAAAAUUUAUACAAGAAGCAGUUGGUAGAUAAUUCCGUGUCAAAGAUUGAUACUGGACCAAGACUUCAUAGUAAAAGUGGGACAGCAAGUAAUGACAACACAUCAUCAGAUGAGGUACAACUCAUUUGGAAUCUGCCACAAGACUUUGAUGUACCUGUUGCAAAGGUGUAUGGUCGGAUAGUUACAGACACAGACAUUCGUUCACUCAAAAGUCCAGAAUGGCUUACAGACAAUGUAAUGGACACAUACUUGAAUAUGUUGUGUGUUGAGCUUACUGAGCAGAACUUGGGCCGGAUGAUUCAUAUUGACAGCACCACUAUGUCUUCAAUCAUUAAUAGGACAUACUCCUCAAGAAAUCUACCUAAUUUACGUGAUUGUUUGUUUGUGGUAGGUGCAUAUUGUAGAGGAGGUCACUGGGUACUUGUGAUUUUAGAUGUGGUGCAGAAGAAAGUGUACUUUUACAACCCGAUACUGCAUAAUGAGGCAGUGGAAAGUAGAUCAAUCAAGGAGGCUAUGUGUCGUUACAUAUCUUCAUGCCUCGCAGAGCCAGAAGAAGUCACACACAAAGAAUGGCGGUUGUCUUCCUUUAGACAUACGUCCCAAACAGACAGCUAUAAUUGUGGCAUCUUUUGCCUAAUUUUUGCUGAGAAACACCUUACAGGUGGUGAACACAGCCUCACAUGUAUUACUCAAAGUGAUCUAGACCAUAUGAGGUGGAAUGUAGCAAAGAAAAUUAUGGAUUUGAAGUGUUCCUUACUGGUUGCUGCCCAAAGUGUGGGAUGUCUAUUGACAACAGUAAAAAUACGUCCAGAGAAGAUUUACAGUAGCCAUAACAUAAUUGAUGGCAUGGUGUCAGGUGAACAGGGAAUUGGCUAACUUAUUUAUGGAAGAAAUUGGGUUGGCCGAGUGUUACCUUUCAAAAGUGUUAGAAAAGGAAGCUAUGAUUGCCAUUUUGCAAGAGCACUGCACUGUAACCUAUAAAGAGGCGGAAGCUAGGUUGAUGGAAACAGAGAGUAAGAGCAAUAAAAGCAUGCCAAAUUGCUAACAAAACAUUCAAAAGACUUGUAGCACUUGUUUAUUUUAGUGGGAUUGGCAAUCCUUUACUUUACAAUAUUGACAUGUUUAAGUAAUAAUAUUAUUAUUUAUAGUGUCUUUAUGUAUAUUUUUUUAUCUAAGAAUACUGCUAUCUCAGCUGAGAUGAAGCCAUAGCAACCAGAAGGAAAAACUUUAGAAAAUCUAGCUUGCAUGUACUCAUAGCUGAGUUUGAGAUUGAAAGCGGAAUUGUGCUGUCUUUGUGAUCCACAGUGCUUGAUAAAGUGAUAACACGAUGUGACUAAAAGAAUUUGAAUUGUUGUUUAUUUACAUCGAUUGUUCCAGGGGUUUUUACACAUCAUUUUAAAUACUCUGACUUGACUGCAUUCUGGAAACUAACCAGUUCUCACACCGGAGGAAGGAACUAAUUCCACUUACAGGAUUCGAACAUGUGACCUACGGGUAAGGAGUCUGACACUCUACUCUUGCACCACUGUGCCUCCCUUAUCCCAAAGAUUCUUCUGGGUCCGAUUGCACAAUGAAGUUGGCACAAACUUAUUAAUUUAAUGUUCAUAGCUGGAACUUAUGUCAGUGUCAUCAUCACAGCCCAUAUGGCAUGUAUCUUAUAAAAUUUGUAUGUACAUAUAACAAUUUUUAGCUCACCUGAACCAAAGGCUCAUGGUGAGCUUUUGUGACCGCUCAAUGUCUGUCGUGCGACGUGUGUCUGUCAACAUUUUCUAAAAAAAAUCUUGAAAACAACUCCGCAGAAUUACACCAAACUUCACAGAAAUGAUCCUUGGAUGGUCCCCUUUCAAAAUUGUUCAAAGAAAUCAAUUCUAUGCUGAACCCUGGUUGCCAUGGCAACCAAGAAGGUCCAAAGUUUAACAUAGACUUAAAUGUAUAUAGGGAAAAAAGUUUAAAAAUCUUCUUGUCUGAAACCACAACACUUAGACCUUUGAUAUUUGGUUUGUAACAUUGUCUUAUGAUCCUCAACCAAAAUUGUUCAAAUUGUACCCCUUGGGUGAAAAGAGGCCCUACCCUGAGGGUCCCAAGUUUUAUAUAGACUUAAAUAGGAAAAAACUUUAAAAAUCUUCUUGUCUGAAACCAUACGACAUAGGCUUUUGAUAUUUGGUAUGAUGCAUUGUCUAGUAGUCCUCUAUCAAAAUUGUUCAAAUUAUGCCCGUGGGGUUAAAAGAGGCCCCGCCCAGGGGUCAACUAGUUAUUAUGUGAGUUAUAUAGGAAAAAAUACUAAAAAAUCAUCUGAUCCUAUUUCCAAGACUGUUUAAUUAUAAUUACCUGAUAACCCCAAGUAAUAUGUUGUCACUAUUUUUUCUGAGGACCUUCUUGUCCUCAAGUGCAAUGAUAACAGGUGAGCGAUAUAGGGCCAUCAUGGCCCUCUUGUUCUAAUAACCUAUCUGUAGAAAGGGUUGCAAUUCUGUAAAAAAAAUAAUGGAGUCAAGAAAACUGCACAAAAUGAUUUCAUUUAUGGUGACUUAGGUUGAUAUUCAUUCAAAACCAUUCAUGUUUCGUGUUAUUAAAUAUUUAAGAUUAAGUGGAAAUAAGUACUAUAUUUAGCAUACAAUAUGUUAAAAAGUGAUUUUGAACAUAAUCCAAAUAAAGUAAUUGGUGCAGUUAAUUAAAUGAUUUACUAUGUUCUCUUGGUUUUGCAGAGGCUUGGAUUUAUCAAGGUGUAGGAGAUGACAAAGUAUUCCUUUCGUUGGUAAAGCAACGAUUAAAUGAUCAGUUUGUUUAAAAAUGGCAUGAAAGAAUACAAAAUUCUAGCAGGGCAUUAUUUUAUAAGACUAUUGCGAGUUUUCAUUUUCAACCAUACUUGGAUUGUUUUAAUAUCAAUAAGUUUUGUAAAUCUUUAACUCAUUUAAGAGUAUCGUCCCAUAGAUAGCAAAUCAAAGCUGGUAGGUGGAAUCGACCACAACGUACAGCCAUAUCUGACAGAAAAUGCAUACUCUGUGGCAAAUUAGAAGAUGAAUAUCACUUUAUUAUUGAAUGCACGUUAUACCAAGAGAUAAGACAGCGAUAUAUACCUCGUAGAUUUUGGAUACGAUCGAACAUGUUUAAAUUUACUGAACUUAUGACGUCAGAAAACAAAGCUUUAAUAAAAAAAUUCUUGGUAUUUAUACACAUACAGCCUUUAAGACAAGAAACACACUUUUGUAUAGUUAAUUCUUCAAGGACUCGUCUUAAAUAUGUAUAACCUAUAUUUUCUAUUGGCAAAGUAAAGUAUCUUGACUGUUUUCUUCUAAUUUUACGUUUACUGACCAAUGAUAUGAUACUAUAUUACAGAACUUGUACUUUCUCUUUUAAAAUUUUAUUUAGGGUAUAAAUAAUUUGACCUUAUGUUUUGUUGAUUUCGUAUAAGGUCUUUCAAAGCUAAAUGUUGUUUAAUGUAAAUCAUAUGUAGUAUAGCUAGUCUUGUAUUUUUAUUUUCGACAAGGCUUGGCAUCCAUAUUGUAGUACAUUAUACAAUUAUUGACUCUUGAGCCAUUGGAUAUGAUGUGAUAUUCACCGGAAGAGAGCAAUAUUGACCUCGGCUAUCUUGCUCUCUUCCGGUGAAUAUCACAUCAUAUCCAGUGGCUCAAGAGUCAAUAACUGUUUUACUAUAUGGGUUCAGGUUUAUGAAUAAGUAACAAGUAUUUGAUGCAACAUAUUUUAUGUUUGAAAGUAACAUUAACUCUGUGAAAACUUAAUAACGAUUAAUUAAAUGAAGACACUUAAAUUUCCAGGAAUCAUUCAGUGUGUAUACAGUUUCUUAAGUUAUCAUUGAAAUUUAUUGUAGUUGAUUAUCUGUAGCUGGAUUUCUCACUGUUCAUAUUAUAACUACAGCUACAUGUCAGUUCAACUUUCAUUCUAUUUUUAGAAAGUAAUGUUUAAUGGGAAAAACCCUCUAACCAGUAAACAUGAAAUAUAUUUUGAAAGAUGAUGAGCGUUUUCGGCCAAUGAAAUUCAGGUUAUUUUUAGCUCAUCUGAUUUUUUGAAAAAAAAUGAUGAGUUAUUGUCAUCACUUGAGCGGUUGUCGGCGUCGGCGUCGGUGUCGGCGUCGGCGUCUGCGUCGGCGUUGCCUGGUUAAGUUUUAUGUUUAGGUCAGCUUUUCUCCUAAACUAUCAAAGCUAUUGCUUUGAAACUUGGAAGACUUGUUCACCAUCAUAAGCUGACCCUGUAUAGCAAGAAACAUAACUCCAUCUUGCUUUUUGCAAGAUUUAUGGCCCCUUUUGUACUUAGAAAAUAUCAGAUUUCUUGGUUAAGUUUUAUGUUUAGGUCAACUUUUCUCCUAAACUAUCAAAGCUAUUGCUUUGAAACUUGGAAUACUUGUUCACCAUCAUAAGCAGACCCUGUACAUCAAGAAACAUAACUCCAAUUUGCUUUUUGCAAGAAUUAUUGCCCCUUUUGGACUUAGAAAAUCAGUUUUCUUGGUUAAGUUUUAUGUUUAGGUCAGCUUUUAUCCUAAACUAUCAAAGCUAUUGCUUUAAAACUUGCAACACUUGUUCACCAUCAUAAGCUGACCCUGUACAGCAAGAAACAUAACUCCAUCCUGCUUUUUGCAAGAUUUAUGGCCCCUUUUGGACUUAGAAAAUAUCAGAUUUCUUGGUUAAGUUUUAUGUUUAGGUCAACUUUUUCUCUUAAACUAUCAAAGCUAUUGCUUUGAAACUUGCAACACUUGUUCACCAUCACAAGCUGACCCUGUACAGCAAGCAACAUAACUCCAUCCUGCUUUUUGCAAUAAUUAUUGCCCCUUUUGGACUUAGAAAAUCAUUUUCUUGGUUGAGUAUUAUGUUUAAGGCAACUUUUCUCAUAAACUAUCAAAGUUAUUGCUUUAAAACUUGCAACAGUUUUUCACAAUCAUAAGUGGACACUGUACAUCAAGAAACAUAACUCUAUCCUGCUUUUUGCAAGAAUGAUGGCCCUUUUUAGACUUAGAAAAUCAUGGGUAGGACAAUAUUUCUAUUAUACAAAAAAAAUCAGAUGAGCGUCAGCACCCGCAAGGCGGUGCUCUUGUUAGAACAUAUAAUGAAAUAUUAUGUACUGUGUAUGGUAUGUACAUUUGUAUUUAUAUAGCUAAUGUGGCAUUGUGUUGUUGUCUUUUUGUAGUUGUUUCUGUUCAAAUGUAGUUUCAAAUGUGUUACAUAAUAAUGAGAUAAACUGAUUGUGAAACUACUUUUUGUAAUCGGCUUACCAGCCUCGUUGUUAUCCUGCUUUCUGGUAAAUAUUAAAUGAAAAGGUGAAAUGUCGCUGUAAUGUUAAUAUAUUUGAAUGUAUUCUUCUAAGACAUUAUUUUGGUAACUUCUUUCUAUUUUCUACCAGCCUUCUUCGGGUGAAUACAUGUACUUACCUCAUCUAAUAGGGUUUCAUUUAAACGCAAUGUUAGUUUUGCUAGUUGUAUAUAUUAUAUAUGUCAUUGUUUAUAUAUUUCUUUUGUACACUGUCCGCUGUUGUAUUUGUGACUAUGUAUGUCGUCAUGGGCUUUUUAGCCUAUUUGAUUUGAAAUAAAAUGUCUGUCUGUCAUUUCAAAGCCGCUAGCUAUUUCAUAAUUUCACUAGCAUUUAGCUUGUAUGAUAAUGCUUGUCUAAAUUUCAACCCUGUAGCAAAUGAAAUCGUAGACACAUUAAAGUUGAAACUAAAUCU